GUUUUCAGAGAAAAAAAAAAAGUUAAGUCAAACAGUAUCCUGAUCGCCUGCUGUUCAAGCUUGCUGACAGCCUCGCCAGAGGGAGAGUAAAUCUGGUUCCACCAAUAAUUCAGAGGGGUCUUCCCUGAAUUCAUAUUGAGCAUCAAAGACUGAGCUGAAGACUGAGAUUCGAUGACGUCUGGGCUCCUGUUAACUCUCCUCUCUGCUCUCUGUUGGGCAGAACGAUCUUUAGGCUCCAGAGUCAACAGCGAUGAAUGUCCAUUUCCCGCCUGGGUCUAUUAUAACAAUAACUGUUACAGCUUUCUGCAUACGGCGUCUGACAGUUUAUUGAAUAUUGAACGUGCGCAAGAACUUUGUAAAGAUCUAGGUUCCAACAUUAUAAGUAUCAACACUCAAGAAGAAAACAAUUUCAUAUUGCAUAUGUUUCAAACAGAAUGGAAAGGUCCUAAUGGAAUUCUGCUGGGUUUGUUCUACGAUAGUGAUGACGACACUCUGAAAUGGCUUGAUACAUCUGAAUUUACUUAUACAAACUUCAAAGAGGAGCAAACUGACAUGGGUUUGAUCACAUGUGCCAAGAUGGACACAUCGACUGGUCAAUGGGAUCUUAUCAGCUGUGAAGACUUCAAUCAAGCUGGAACAUUAUGCAAAACAAAAGCAAGUAAACAGAGAGCACCGAAACAAGCUGAUCAAAGAGUCUUACCAAUUGCUUUGAUUAUGUCUAUAACUCUUCUUGUACCACUGCUAUCGGCUGCUCUCCUUGUGUUGUACAAAAGGACACUCUUUGGAUUUACAAGAAAUGUAGCAUCAUCACUACAAGUUACUCCAUACAGCGACGAGAUUGGAUUAGUAGGAGGCAUUGAAGAGGAUUCUGCCUAAUAUCUACCUCUUCACAAAAAUAGCUUGACUGCAUGUGUAUUUCUAAGCAGGUAAAAAUACAAUGACUAAACAGUGGCUAAUAUCUGCAGUUAGAACUGAACAGCCUUAACACCAUGCCAUUUGUGAAUAUGCAAUUUAUGAUAAAUUAUAUUUUAACAAUUCUA